AUGGGUCCUCCUCAAAAACGCCGCAAGGUCGCUCAACCCAAAGUGGAAGAGAUCAAUUUCAACACCGAGGACCGUCAGGAAUGGUUGACCGGAUUUCACAAGCGCAAGUUGCAGCGCGCAAAGCAUGCGCAAGAUGCCGCAGAGAAGCGAUACAAAGAGGAGAAAAGGGCCGACAGAAAAAAGCUUCGUGAGGAGCGUCAAGCCGACUUCAAGCGGGCAAUGGAGGAACACGCAAGAGUACUCAAGCAAAUGAAGGAGAACGCUGGAGAAAAGAGCGAAUCGGAUGAUGAGAAUGAGGAGGAAUGGGACGGCAUUGAAGAGCCGCCAGCGGUCGACUACGAAGCCGAGUAUAUCGACGAGGAUAAAUACACUACAGUUACAGUUGAGGAGAUGGAUCCAUCCCGCGAAGGCUUGUUAAAGGCUGUAAUGGGAGAGGAUUCAGAGACCGAGGAGAAGAAAGAAUAUCCCGCUGCCGACGCAGAGGACGACAAGAAGCCAAAGCGAAAGACAGGCGAGCGGAUUGCCAGGAAGAAGAAGCGCAAUUUCCGUUACGAGAGCAAGGAUGUGCGCAGACAAACGGCGAGAAAGCAACGUGCUGUCAAAUCGAACAAGGCCAAGGCGCGACGGGGAGCCGAGUCGGAGAAAUGA